GCGACGAAGCUCGGGGACGUGAGCUCCGGGAGCGUGAGACCAGCAAAGACCGAGGGGAUCCUAGCCCCAGCAGAGAGCGGGCCAGCAGCGACUUCCGGAAGUCCCCAUCGAGUGAGAUGGGUGGAUCUGCCCAGCACCGUGGCGACGUCAGCGUAGAGGGAAGUUGGCUCAACUCCAUGGAGCACUUCGAUCAGUUCGACCUGUCCUUCGAGCAGGAAACGAACGAGGGCGAAGACCAAAGCGUGAACGCACGUCUUGCUGCUUUUCUUCAGGGGCAG